UUGUAUUAUAUUCCUACGCUCUCUAGAAUCCUUGAACUUCUUUGGGGUACAUAUCUUCGUUUUAUAUCUUCAACUCAUACUCAUACUGCUUUAGAUUGAGUUUUUUUCCAUUCUACAAUGCUGCUUAUUGGUAGUCUGGUUGAUCACUUCAACCGCCAAAAUGACGCAGAGAUGGCUUCUGAAAGCAUGACUACUUCCAUCUCUUUCCUUCCAAAGUCUCGAUCUUUAUCAACGGCGUUAUCCUCUCUUCCUCUUUUCCUCUUCCCCUCCUCUUUCAUUGUUUUUUAUCAACGCUUUUGUCAUUGUCAUUUAUUUGUCGCACUUACUCUUGUCGAUGCGGCCUCUCUCUACGUUUCAUGUCCGUUUGCUUCAUUUCACCAGUCUCGAAAGAUGCAGAACAUCUGCUUUCCCGUCCUUCAUUUUCCUCUCCCGCCGUUUCUUUAUCUUAUCUUUCUGCUUAUAAGUUCUCUGCAUAGUUCGUUUGUCUUUCGUGAAAAAUAAUGAAGAUCUGGUUUAAUGUAAUUUAUUCAUCUUAAAAAUAUCGAGACCACUGUUGACUCGGACCGUUUACUUUCAACGUUUGGCGUUUUCGCGUAUUGCAAGGUUUAAAGGCGGGUUGCGGGUUAGGUUUUGAUGACACCUUUAUCGUAGGUU